UGCUGUACCGGAACCAUCACCGUACUAUAUAGCACCUACAGCUCUCCCCACCAAAAACCAUCGUACUGCAUAUCAUGGCUCCCCAGGCAUACGUCGCACCCGUGGUCGACUCCUCGGCGGUCUUCAAGAGUGACAUAUUCAAAGGAAAGGUCCUGUUCUGCACGGGUGGUGGCUCCGGGAUAUGCAAGGGCAUGACAGAGGCUGUGAUGCGCCAUGGGGCGGAUGCGACGAUUGUCGGGAGGAAACUCGACCGACUCAAUGCGAGCGCGGCAGAGCUCUCCAAGGCUACUGGGAGACAGUGUCUCGUCGCCCAAGCCGACGUACGCGAUCCUGAGCAGCUCAAGAACGCCGCGGCGAAGACCAUCGAGAAGUUCGGCAGGAUCGACUUCGUCAUUUGCGGAGCUGCCGGGAACUUCCUUGUCCCAAUCUCUGGUCUCUCGGAGAAGGGCUUCAAGACUGUCAUUGACAUCGACACCCUCGGUACGUACAACACGAUCAAAGCCACCAUCGCACACGUCCGCGCAUCGAAGGGCGCGUACAUUCAUGUCAGUGCUACUCUGCACUACAAAGGUACACCUUACCAGGUGCACGUCUCAGCCGCAAAGGCCGCUGUCGAUGCUACCUCCGCAGUCCUCGCAGUUGAGGAGGGCCCUUUCGGCGUCCGCUCCAACGUGAUCGCCCCCGGGCCCAUCGGCGGCACCGAAGGCGUCGACCGUCUCUCGCCCAAAGGCAAAUCGCACGCCGCCAACAUUCCCCUUGGGCGGGCGGGGCACCUGCACGACAUCGCGAACGCGACCGUCUUCCUCUUCAGCGACGCCGCGAGCUGGGUCACCGGCCAAGUGCUCCCCGUCGACGGCGGGAGCGAGCAUCUGCGCCAGUUCUUGCUGCCGUACCCCGAGGCGCUGAUCAACCCAGAUGCGGUCAAGAACUUGAUCAAGCCGAGGUUGUGAGUGCGUGGCCGGGGGUGGUGUCGAGUUCUUGGGUUUUUGAUCGUGACUGUAUCGGGACGGAGAUUGUACUGACUGUUGUUAUUUAUCGGAGGUGCUGUUGCUCAAACCGACUUCUAUGAAUACCCUCUUCAGUGAGUCGAGGCUCUUGCUCCAGCAUAGGCUCAGGGGUUCGUUCUGUCCAUGCGGACGUGAUACGCUUAUAUAACCUCCACUACCUGACCGUCUUGCACAUAACGGCGUAGACGCGACAUGCUCAGCCAGAAGAGAACUUGCGCCACUGAUCCGAGUCUCC